UGUUUCUUGGUCUAUUAGAUCCGGAAACAAAAUCUCAAGAGAGAGUCUCUGACAGGAGCAGUAACUUGGUCUGUCUAGUUACCAUUCUAUUAUUCUUUAAUUCGAUAUUUCCAUAGGAUAGCAACAAACGAGUUCAACGAGUUCAACGUACCCAAUUGCCCAUCAUGGCCCCUUCACUUAAUACGCAUUCAUCAUUUACGCGCCCGCGUACAAGCGAUCGUGACACUCGACCGGGUACGCGCGACCAGGGCGACAAUAACUUGAUCAUCCCGAGCAGGACUUCAUCUCUUCACUCUCGUAUCACCCAGCCGAUUCCGUCGACCCUCAAUUCGAAGCCCCAGCAGCGAACACCGAAGACUCUAACCCAUGCCUAUAUGGUCUGCGGUGUCGGCCGAGAGCCUUCUCAAUGGGUUAAGGCUCCCGCCCCGACACAAGGAAAGAUCGGCCACAUGAAAGGUGCAGUUGGACAAUUCUGGCUUCCGGAGAUUCUUGGUAGCAGCCCCCGCCUUGAACAGGACAAUGAAGUUGCCCGAGCCUUGCACGCUGCUAUGAGGGCUUGUUUUCCCCACGAUGUCGAAAUCUGUACCGGCCGCAGUCAACCCCACUGCGUUCACCAUGCAUUUGUUCUCCAGCAGGAUUCAUCUCACACACUCUACGGUAUCUGUCUGCGCGUAUGGUCAAGGGCGGAUGAGAAGCGAGCAGAGACCAUUAGGGACUUGAGGAAGCGAACCGAGACUGACUACUACGACAACGCCGAUGAGACUUACUGGAUUCCGUACUGUUUGUCUUUUCUCUCUCGAUACCCAUUGUACAAUCUUCUAGGCGACUACUUGCGAGGGAUGUGGAUUCACUGGAACAAGGCCACCAAUCUCUUCCACGCUGAAGAGGUAUCGCGAAUUCUUAGUUUCCCCGCACCGAGAUUAAACGAUCUGGUCCGAAUCGACAUGAAGGAUUACGCCCUCUGCUAUCAAUUCCCUUCGUCCCCGACCGGUUUCCAGAACUUCGCUAUGUGGCCUUUAUGGACUUGUCUUUCGAUCCCGAACAUUGUUGGUGUCAUCGAGGCGGCCAUCUCUCCUACUAGGCGUAUCAUAUUUGUCAGCCACUAUCCCGCUAUGCUAACAAUGGCUGCUGAGACUAUUCGUUUCUGCGUUCGAGUAUAUGAAUGGAGUGGCCUUUACGUGCCCGUUGUUCACGCUCGCCAUGCUAAGGAAUUAGUGGAGGAGCCGGGUCCAUACAUCCUUGGUGUUACUGCCGAGUGCAGGUCUCUUUUCACUGCUCCGAACGACGCUCUUGUUGUUGAUUUAGAUCGUAACUUUGUGCUGACAUCCAGUCCUCCGACUGCCCUAAAUGCGAACCAGCGCAACAAGUUCGUGACGCGACUAACACAAGCUUUGAACGGCGAUGUUACACCUUCCGGUGUUCCUCAACAUUUGCGUUCUGCCUAUGGUGGAGGAAAGCUGGUACCUGCGGGUCAAAUCAUCGUUAUGCGUGGCGAAGUCGAAUCUAUUCAGGAUCCCGAGUGGUGGAAUCAAGAUGCUGUAAUGGCCGUGAUGGAUCACGUCUGUGAGAAGAUGGGUCGUAACACUGGCUUGAAGGCUGUAUUGGGCGGUUCCGUCAAGAAGCCUCUAAUGACAAAGGUUUCGAUGAGGCAUUUGAACGAGAUCGUCCGAGAACGCAAUCAAUAUUCCCGUGAUGCCAUGGAGGCAUGGCAAGAUUUCAUUAACCUUAAGGGUCGUAUGGAGACAGAACUUAGCAAAGUCACAAAGAGGAAUAACUACCUAGUUGAAGAGUUAGAAAGCUGGAAGCAGCAGUUCCUGAAAUUCCAAGCCUUUGCUGAGACGCUUACUAAAGAAACUCAAGACCUGAAGGUUAAGAUUGAGACUCACAAGAGAGAAAAUAGGAGACUCGGUGGUCUCAUUGACCAACAGAAAGAUGACAACGCCCGUCUUUCAGUCCGCCUUACUGGUACUGAGAAGCAGCGAGACGAUGCUCUCGAAGCUCUCGUUCUCCAACAGGAGAUUGCCGAGGAACUUGAGCGCGAACGUAAGCGAAACAAGAAGGAAUUGGCCGCCCUUCAACACACCAACGUCACCAUUAUCCGGCAACGUGAUGAAGCACGUCGUGUGGUCUUGCAUUUACGUAGCUUGAUCGGAGGACAGUCGCACCAUAUGGAGCACUUGGUUCAGUCUUUGACUACACGCGAUGACUUGGCCAGUGAGGUCGAAGAGGGCUUUGAGGAGGAAGAAGAAGACCAAGAUGGCCAAUAUUUGAGGAACCCGAGCCGGGCAAACAAGCGACAUUCUACUGCCAGCUUUUCCGACGUGGCCGAUCGACACCUUAAGGACAAGACAGAUGCUAUUUCUCACAUUAUUAGGAAUAUUGCAGAGCAAUGUCAGGCCGCCGUUGAGGGCCUUCAGCUGGCCCAAGAUGCCGAAAUCGAAUCCUCUAGAUCGCACCGACGAGCAAGCAACUUAUCUAUGGCCCCUAGCGACGACGGACAUUGGGCCGCCCCUUCUGAAGUUGGCGAUGACAGCCACUUACACCCUUCCGGGCGCGUAUCUAGUAUCCCUGCGACCCCGGACUUGAUUCCCAACCGAAGCAGCACAGCGAUGUCCAUGGCAUCGACUAUGACAACUCCUGAGCGAUCGAGCCAGCAGUACAACAUCCACAACGAGAUCCCCACCAAGAUCGUGGAGGAUGACGAAGAUGAUUUAGCUGAACGAAGCGAAAGCGAGACCUUGCCGCAAGAGCCGGGUGUGGUCGGCAAGCACGCCGAAAGUCUCAUUCACCGUCCUUCCGGUGCUAGAAUCAGCGCUCUCGGUGGCACCCGCUGAAUGUUUAUGUAUUACUAACUAACUUGUUGCAUGUACGGAGUCGGUGGCGACAUGUUCCAAGAUUUUCUGCCUGUUUAAGGCUUUACCGAGGAAGGAUGAGUUAUCUCUAACUCCCCCUCCUCUACCUGUGCAUAUUUGACUUUGCUUAUACCUUGACCUAUCUGUUUACGGACCUGUAUGGCGUUUUACUCUAUGAAGAGUUCGGAUUUUCGCUCUUUGUUUUUUCCUAUAUUCUCUCUUGGCCCUUUUGGCUCCAACCUUAAUUUUCCUUCAGGUAUCGUGACAACUAGAGGAGGUACUCUGUUAGCUAGGCAUUAAGUAAAAUGACC